AUGACCUCAUUUCCACAACAUUUGUCAGAAGCAUUGGUGAGCUAUGGGGUCGACACUGUCUUUGGGAUUGUUGGGAUUCCGAUUGUCGAGAUUGCAGACAACAUGAUCAUGAACGGUAAUAUUAAAUUCAUUGGGUUUAGGAACGAACAAGCCGCUUCAUACGCUGCUUCUGUAUAUGGAUAUUUAACGGGGAAACCGGGAGUUUUAUUGGUAGUGGGUGGACCUGGAGUUAUACACGCACUUGCCGGGGUUUACAAUUCUACAUGUAAUAAAUGGCCCUUACUUAUCAUCGCAGGCAGUAGUGAGGACAAGCACCGUGGCGGCUUUCAAGAGCUAGAUCAAAUCUCCUUACUGAGCCGCUAUGUUAAGUUUAGUGCCAGUGUAGGCCAUCACAAUAUCGAUGCCAUGCUGUAUAAUGCACUGCGUCAAGCUAGCGUGGGAACACCUGGAGUAUCCUACUUAGACAUCCCUGGAAACGUUAUAGACCAAAGUUCAGACAAGAAGACUAUGCCAACCCCAAGAAAUUUACGAGAAGUAAGAUUUCAACCAGAGGACCGAGAUUUGGCGUCAGUGGCCAAUUUAAUCAGGGCCCAUGGAUCCAAGAAUCUUCUGUGCGUCUUAGGCAAGGGUACUGUAAACAGCACCGCUCCAGUAAGAACAUUCAUAACCAAGUUUGGAAUCCCAUUUUUGCCAACCCCGAUGGCGAAAGGCGUUGUACCGGACUCACACGCUCUAAAUGUGUCGUCGGCAAGAACUUUGGCGCUACAAUCUGCUGACGUGGUGUUAGUUUUGGGAGCAAGGCUUAAUUGGAUUCUGCAUUUCGGAGACAGUCCAAAAUGGAAGUCGUCUGCAAUAUUUGUCCAGGUAGACACCACAGCCGAAGAACUCGGGCAGAAUAAUGCACUGGGCACGACGUAUUCGCUGUGCGGCGACAUUGGACUUACUUUGCAAAAACUUACGCCCCUCUUAGGCUCCUUCCGAUGUGCUGGUAUCUCCCAGCAAAUUGCAAUCAAGAUCAGAGACAACGCAUCGCGAUUGAAGUCCAAGGAGUCUAGUCUCAGUCACGUUCUUAAUUAUAACCAGGCUUACGGUAUAAUGAAAAGGCACAUUAUCGAUUCAGAGACCAUUAUCGUGAGCGAAGGUGCCAAUACUAUGGAUGUGGCUCGGAUCUCGUUUCCCACCGACUAUCCGAAACAGAGAUUGGAUGCAGGAACCAACGCAACGAUGGGCAUUGGACUCGGAUACGCAAUUGCCGCGAAGCUAGCCAAACCAGAAAAAACAAUUCUGUGCAUACAGGGCGAUUCUGCGUUUGGGUUUUCGGGCCUGGAGCUGGAGACGGCCGCGCGGUAUGGCUUGGGGCUGGUAGUGGUUGUGAUGAAUAAUGGCGGAAUAUACCACGGUGAAGUAGGGAACCCCCAAGUCCAGGCCUCGACGACCCUAAGUCGGGAAUGUAGGUACGAUCUGGUGGCCGAAGGGUUGGGCUGUCGGGGGUUCCUCAUUCAAAGCGCGACCGAGCUCGACCUCAAGUUUCGGGGGGCUUUGAAUCUUGCUGCUACCGGAAGACCCGCUCUUCUGAACGUUAUAAUAGAGCCUGGUCCGCAGGGAAAGCUUUCUUUUGGUUGGCAGAAUAAGCCCAAGUUAUAA